AUGGCGACCACGACGAUCCUGGGCACGGAGUUGGAGUUGAAGCAGAGGAAACACAACGCCGAGCAGGCAAAUGGCGAGUUUUCCGAAAUCACACCGCCUGCUUCAGACAAUGAAAGGAGCGAUGAAAUGGGAAAGGGUAUGCCUCUUCGUGCCAAUAUAGCUGCUCCGACGGAGGCGUUGGUGGGAUCAGAGAGUGAUCCUUAUGGUUACAAGAAUCGAAAGAAGACUUCGUGGGGGACCGUGCCGUGGUUCUGGCUGAUUCCGGAUCCGCUGUUCAGAGUAUGGAUACACAACAUCCAUAACAACAAGCAUGGUAGCAGUACGCUGGCAUUCGACAACGAGGGCAAAUACAGGCCACAGUUCCUCGACGAGUUUUUCGAACGAAACGACAAGGACGGAAAAGGUGGUUUGACUUUUGAGGAGGGGUACUAUGGCUUGAGGAGGAUCAGAUUCGCCUGGGAUAUCUUUGGUCAGAUCUCGGCUUUCUUCGAGUGGGGCAUGACGUACGUGCUACUCUGGCCCGAGGAUGGCAUCGUCCGGAAAGAUGAUGCUCGUCGCGUUUUGGAUGGAAGCAUCUUCCACGAGUUGACCAUGCAACAUCGAAAGUAUAACGGCAAUGCCAAGGCACAAUGA